UGGGGCCCCAAUAGUGAGAUCUUCCAACUAUAUAAACCUCCCAAACCAUUCAUCAAAAUCUAUCAACUCCAGCAAAUCAUUUCUUGAGCUUCACGUUUACGUUUAGUCAAGAAACUCCAUUCUUCAUUUGAUUUAGAUUUCAAGAAAAAAGAUCAUGAGUAGGGAAGGAGAUUGGAUGUGUUCUGCAUGCCAGCACCUGAAUUUCAAGAAACGAGAUGCAUGUCAACGAUGCAGCAGCCCAAAAUACGCAACACCAGCUGAUGUUGCUAUGUAUGGACUAAGCAAAACAGAUGUUCUUGCUGGAGAUUGGUAUUGCAGUGCCAUGAAUUGUGGUUCUCACAACUAUGCAAGCAGAACAAGCUGUUAUCGAUGCGCUUCCUUAAAAAGUGAUUAUUAUGGUGUUGGGGUAGGUAUGAUGGCACCAGCAGGUUAUGGAUAUGAUGCAAGUUCUAUUCCUGGUUGGAAAAGUGGUGAUUGGAUUUGCAGCAGAUUAGGAUGUGGUAUGCACAACUAUGCCAGUAGAGCUGAAUGUUAUAAAUGCAAGACACCUAGAGAUUUUGGUGAGCCAUCUGCCAUAUGAUUCUGGAGGUGAUCUGAGAGAAAGUGAGUUAUAUUGAGGGCCGCGGCAAUAUGAAGUUUGUUUCUUUAGAUUAGUUUCUCAAAGAAGGGUUUAAUUUCUAACUGCAUUGUAACUGUGCAAGUGUUCUAAUGAAUGAAAUCCCUUCAGAUUUUCCAUUCUUUCUGUCUUUCAACGUCUGCUUUUAGUCGGGUGCUCCAACGAAUCA